CAUCAAUAUUAAACAAACUCCCUACUAUUAGCAGCAUAUCUGACCAUAGAAUAAAAUACUGAAGAUCUACCAAAGAAAUAGAUAUUAAUCAUCAAACAUGCUACCAUAAAAUUGACGCAUAUGAACUUGGCGAUGACAAGUCAACCCAACCUAGUAAACAUGGCGGCGGACGGUGAUGAGUUGAUAACGGAUCAAGAAAAAGUUCGUAUUGUAUCUGAUUUUAUAAUACAUUCACCCCCAGGUGAAUUUAAUGAAGUUUUUAACGAUGUGCGUGUGUUGUUAAAUAAUGAUAGUUUGCUUCGGGAAGGUGCAAGUAGUGCUUUUGCUCAAUACAAUAAAGAUCAACUUACUCCGGUAAAAAUAGAAGGAUCGGAUGUUCAAGUACUGAUAACAGAACAUAAUGAGCUUGGUGGUAAUCGCUUUUUUGAUGCUCGCACAAAACAAUCAUUUAAAUACGAUCAUCUUAGAAAAGAGGCUACAGAAUAUCAACCCUAUGAAGUAGACCAGGUCGCUGAACCCUGGCGUUCUGCAUUGGAAUUAGAAUUUACAAAUUACACUCAAAGCCAUUAUAAACAGGGUGUAUGUAGUGUUUUUGGUAAAAGUCAACCAGGUGGGACAAUAAUCCUUACUGCAUGCAUCGAGGAUCAUCAAUUUCAACCUAAAAACUUUUGGAAUGGUCGCUGGCGAUCACAAUGGAUAUUGACGUUAAAUGGUGGCUCUGUUUCUGAAUUAAAAGGAGUGCUUAAAGUUCAAGUACACUAUUACGAAGAUGGUAACGUUCAAUUGGUUAGUUCCAAAGAUGUUAAAGAAGCUGUUACCGUAAGCAACGAAACAGCAACAGCUCGUGAAAUGAUACGAAUAGUUGAAGAAGCUGAAAAUAGUUAUCAGACUGCAAUAUCUGAAAACUAUCAAACAAUGUCUGAAACAACAUUCAAAGCGUUACGUAGACAACUGCCUGUAAUUCGAUCGAAAAUCGAUUGGAACAAGAUUGUAUCUUAUAGCAUUGGGAAAGAAUUAAAAAGCCAAUGAUGAAUACGCCUAUAUUAUAUUUUUUAAUAACCUUCACAGGUGUAGGCAUAAUGUACGAGCCAAACUUCCCUUAAAAAUACAGCCUUAAAAUAUUUUGGGAAGUGUUGUAUAGUACAGUGUAAUUGUAUAUUUAAAACAAAAAAAAUAUGUCACUUCACGUUUGUUUUACGCAGCAAUUGGUUUCCUCUAACGGUGGCGAAAACAUUUUCAAACAAGUGCUAUAUUUAAAA